CCAUACAUUUGAUGACAUGAUUUAUGAAUUGUUACACAAGAGUCAUAUGACUGAAGUCUGAAGUCAAGUGAUUAAAAGAUUUUUUAAUUUCAAUGAAGACUUGUUUUAGUGAUGUCUUAACUUUUCAUACAAAUUGGUGUCCAAACAAUGUGUUUAUUGGUCACCGAAUUAAGUUUGAAUUUAAGUGAUCACUAGUGGACACUGUUGUGACCACUUUUUCUGCUGAUUUGCUCCGUUUAACGACGUCUUGAGCGCCGUAGACGACAAAUGUCUGGAAAAGUGGACAAACUGUUGUGUUUCUGUCACUUCUGUGAACUUCACGGUCCGAACGUUAUUCUCACUACACAUUGUGUCUCAAAGUCGGAUCUAUUGAACUAUAACAUCGAUGGCAAACAAUCGGACACAAGCCGUACGACCUCAUCGUUGGCCUCAUCGAUGUCUUCAUUGCCGACCAAUUCAUUUAUGAACAACUCUAACCUCUUCACCGACGAAAUUCAUAUGAUUAAUGACGAGCUUAAUGAUCGGACCAAUGGUUGCGAAGGCUGUUCACUGAAGUCUAAAUCGAUGGACGGCUUCAAUGGGUUUCUGUCGUUCAGCGAAAGCAAAAAGUUUGGUUUUAUAACAAACGAGUAUCCAAUGGAUGGCAAUAAUAACAGAAAUAGUUGUGACAUCAGUAACAGUAUUAUCCGCGACGCGUGUAUCCGUAGUCUCAGCUGCGAAGUGUACGACUCGAGUGAAGGCGAAGGCAUCAUAUACUUUGGUGACGACCAAAGAGCUCAUAUACUUAGUUGUCUAUUCUUCUUAAAAGACUCAAAGGCCCGGGGCUUUCAACGCACGUAUAGUAUACUUGUUAUCAGUCGACACAAACACGAGUUACUAAAUGAUUGGGAUUUCUAUGUCAAACACAUCAAACAAAUAGUCACAAAAUUAAAGUCUAAGGCAAAGAUUAUAUACGAAAGUGAAUUAACGCAAACCACUUGCCAACAGAGGAGGUCUCUAAUACUGGACAAUGUGUCCAAUAUUCGGGCCAAUAUUAACUCACUCGAAGACAUAGUCGACCGAAACCCGUUGAAUACACACCGCAUGAACAGCAAAGCGCGUUCACUACUCGAGCUUACAGGAGAUAACACUGCCUUCGCUUAUCUUCACAUUCAAUUCUCUUGGAUCCUAUCGGCCGUCUUUGUCUUACAUAGUAAUACCAAUUCAGUCAUUGAUUAUAGCGGUUCAAACUCAAUAAGACUAUCACCGAACUUGGAUCAGAAACUUAGUUUAAGAAAUUUCUAUAAUGUUAUCACAAAAGACAACUAUAAUGCCAUUAGUUAUAAUAUAGUGACCGGAAAUAAGAUAAUAAUUUGUGACACAAAUACCAAUCGCCAGAAAGCAAUUAUUCAAUGUUUAUCACAACUAUUACCUGAAGAAUGUGUUUGCGUUUUAACUGAUUACCAGAGAUUUGAUGAGUCGUCUAAACAUAAUUUUAUAGGAGUUUCUUCUUUAAAUUUGUUGCCAAAAAAUAUAAUGGAUUCGGAAUAUCACUUAUUAGUGGUCGUUAAGGACAAGUCGACCGACAAGAAUAAUAGCAAUAAUAAAAAUAAUUUAUUUACUGAUAAAACUCAAAUCCAAUUGCACUCUGUGUGCAAACUUCCCGAUUGUUUGCCCAAUUUUUUGGUGAAUAUUGAGAAUAUAUUGACCGACUUAUCCUAUUCGGAUCAAACACUUAUGUCAUAUCUGAUGACAUCGAAGAAUGAAUGGCUAAACAAAGCUCAGGCCUUUUAUUCGUACACCAAAGGCGUGAAUCCGCCGCGAAGUCAAUCGGAGAUCAACGCAAUGUUCAAACUGAUUGGUGCCGACGAUUGUGACCGAAAAAUGAUUACAUAUUGGGCUAACAAUGGCUUCAAUAUUGAAUACAAGACUAAAGUGUUUUCAAUUAAUUCGGAAACAGAUUUAGUAAUCAAUGGAAAGCAAUUGUCAAUCAAAUGAAAUAUAUAUUUUUUAAAACGUUUUGAGAUUUAUUAUUAAUUUAUAACUAUUUUUAUGUAAUUUUUAUCAAAUAAAAAAUGACU